AUUUUGAGAAUGUGUGACAGAGGCGUGCAGAUGUUGAUCACCACCGUCGGGGCGUUCGCCGCGUUCUGUCUGAUGACCAUUGCGGUGGGAACGGACUACUGGUUGUAUUCUAGGGGCGUGUGCCGGGUAAAGACGGUGGGCGACAACGAUACGAUACGGAAGAACGAAGAGGUGAUGACCCACUCUGGUCUGUGGCGGACCUGCUGCUUGGAAGGGACGUUUCGCGGCAUUUGUAAGAAGAUUGACCAUUUUCCACAGGAUGCCGACUACGAGCAGGACGCAGCCGAGUACCUACUGAGGGCCGUGAGGGCAUCCAGCAUCUUCCCUAUCAUGAGCGUGGGGCUGCUGUUCAUGGGGGGGCUGUGCGUCGCCGCCAGCGAGUUCUACAAGAGCCAGCACAACGUCAUCCUCAGCGCCGGGAUCUUCUUCGUGUCCGCUGGCCUCAGUAACAUAAUUGGGAUCAUCGUGUACAUAUCCGCUAACUCUGGCGACCCGGGUCAGAGCGACUCCAAGAAGAGCUACUCGUACGGCUGGUCCUUCUACUUCGGCGCGCUGUCCUUCAUCAUGGCGGAGAUGGUGGGCGUGCUGGCCGUGCACAUGUUCAUCGAGAAGCACCGGCGGCAGCGCGCCAAGUCCCGCACCGAGCUGAUCAAGAAGCCGCUGUCGGCCUCGGCCUUCGCCGACCCAGCAGUCCCGCAGCUACCGCUACCGGCUGAAGCACCCUCGCCCGUGCCGGGAAGGGCUUCGCUGGCCGCCGCCGAGCGACCUCCGCCCCCUCCGCCGUCCGCCGCCGACAUCACCAUGUACACCCUGUCCCGGGAGAAGCCCCCCGCCGGGGGCCCGCUGCUCAACUCCGAGAGGGAGUUCCUCCAGGGCCACGACUCGGACCCGCCCGAUUUCAAGGAGGCCAUGCAGAGCAACGCCGCCAACAGGAGGACCACCCCUGUGUGAGAGAGAGAAC